AUGGAAUUCUCAUACAAGCUCUUCAUCUCGGUCCUUCUCCUCCUCCUCCCAAUUGCAUCUUUGAGCUCCCAUAAUUCCUCCUCCGUCUAUCAGUUAGUCUGCAACAAAAACUUCACCAACAACAACAAUAUAUUGCAAGUCAAUAUCAAGAACACUGUUUCCAACCUUGCAGCACAGAUUUAUAACAACAAUACCUAUGCCAUCUCUUCCUUUGGCGUAGGCUAUGACACCAUCUACGGUCUCAUUCAAUGCCGGGGGGACGCAAGCAACGAAUCAUGCUCAUCAUGCGUAGCUAACGCAGUAAAUCAGAUCCAAACACUCUGUCCAUCUUCUUCUGAAUCGCGCGUUUGGUACCCAUUCUGCUUCCUUCGUUAUGACAAUUACAAGUUCUUCGGGCAGGCCGAUUCGAGCUACACUCGCGUUUGGCCUUCGGCGCUUACCGCGACCGCACAUUCUGAGACUUUUAAUGCUGCAGUUGGGUUGGUUUUGGAUGCGACGAUGGGGUCGGCGGUGGGAAAGGAUGUGAAGAUUGGACUGGUUCUUACUUAUGAGGUGAAUUACAACAGGACUGUAUAUGGAAUUGCUCAAUGCACGCGUGAUCUUGAUGACGCCGGCUGCAGUUAUUGCUUGGAGAAGGCUUUGGAGGCUAUGUCGAAUGACUGCAAAAAUCAUUUAGGAUGCCAUUUGAUCAGCAACUGCUGUAUGUUUAGAUAUGAGAUUUAUGAUGUGUUCGUUGAGGCUGAAUCGCCGAAUCCAAGCCAUGCAGUUUCUGCCUUAGUUUCUACUGGAUAUCUUAAUUAG